UAGCCGGUUUGUUUUGCAUAAAGACAGGGUUUUUUUAUAGCAAAGGUGUAUGAUGGAGCCUCCCCAAAUGUUCCCAGAAGUUACUGACAGCUCCAUGGAGCUGGGGCAGAACAGAGCAGACGCUUUUAUGCAAAUUGUCACAGGGAGGCAACAGUACAAAAUGUGCUUACACUGUACCAAGAUACAAGUUAUCACUAUUCCAGAACAAUACCUGUUGAGAGAAAAAGAAACAGUAAGUGUUUUUCUACUGAAAAGAGAGAAGAGAUAGUAAUCAAUAUCUAUGUCAAGUAUUUUUGGAAGAGAUGGGAUUUUAAUUUUUUUUUAUUUUGCAAGAGAUGUGGGUAACUGGAGUGCAAUCCACCCUUACAAGACUCUACUUUGACUACAGUCCCAUAUCUAAACUUGAUCAAUCGCUAUGACCACUUUGACUGGAGAAGACUUUGACUUCACUUUCCUGGAGGAAGGUUUCUGUGCACGAGAUAUAGUCGAACAAAAGAUCAAUGAAUCAUCAUUAUCUGAUGAUAAAGAUGCCUUCUACGUGGCAGACCUGGGUGACGUUUUGAAGAAGCAUCUGCGGUGGGCACGCAUCUUACCCCGCGUCAUGCCGUUUUACGCAGUGAAGUGCAAUGAAAGCAGGGCUGUCAUCACAACAUUGGCAUCUCUGGGAGCUGGAUUCGACUGCGCAAGCAAGACAGAGAUUGAGCUUAUUCAGUCUCUGGGUGUGGAGCCAAGCAGGAUCAUCUACGCAAACCCCUGUAAGCAAGUAUCUCAUAUCAAAUAUGCCUUUGCCCAUGGGGUGCAAAUGAUGACCUUUGACAGUGAAGAAGAGCUCAUGAAGGUGGCAAGGUGCCAUGACAAUGCCAAACUGGUUCUCCGUAUCGCCACUGAUGACUCAAAGGCCAUGGUAAGGUUAAGCAUGAAGUUUGGAGCCACGUUAAAGACCAGCCGUCUGCUGCUGGAAAGGGCAAAGGAGUUGGGGUUAGAUGUGAUCGGAGUGAGUUUCCACGUAGGAAGCAGCUGUACUGAUUCUGAGACGUACAGCCAGGCCAUCUCUGAUGCACGCUAUGUCUUUGACAUGGGGGCGGACCUGGGUUACAACAUGACGCUGCUCGAUAUCGGAGGAGGUUUUCCAGGCUCUGAUGAUACCAAACUGAAGUUUGAAGAGAUUGGUGCUGUGGUAAAUUCUGCACUGGAUAAAUACUUUCCUGCUGACUGUGGCGUGAGGGUCAUCGCUGAGCCUGGACGCUACUACGUGGCGUCUGCGUACACGCUGGCAGUCAACAUUAUUGCCAAAAAGGUCAUCAUGAAGGAGCAGUCACCUUCUGAUGAAGAAGAAGAUGAAGGGGCCAAUGACAGAACCUUGAUGUAUUACAUGAACGAUGGCAUAUAUGGUUCCUUCAGCUUUUCUCGGCCCAAUCCUGUCUUGCCAAAUUUGUACAAGAAACCCAAGCCUGAUGAGCGUAUGUACCAAUGCAGUAUUUGGGGUCCAACUUGUGACGGUCUAGACCGCAUCGUGGAGCAGUGCAGCCUGCCAGACAUGCUUGUGGGCGACUGGCUGUUGUUUGAGAAUAUGGGGGCCUACACCGUGGCUGCAUAUUCCACCUUCAAUGGCUUCCAGAUACCUGAUAUUCAUUACAUCAUGUCCCGAGCAGACUGGCAGUGCAUGCAGCAGAUCUGUGCACAGGGAUUGGCCGCUCUUACUGAGGAGCAGUGCAUCGGACACAAGCCAUCCCACUGAAGGCGUGAGAGUAGCUUAGACGUUCCAGCCAAACCGUGCCCUACUCGUGUCCUCUGGGCUAUUGAAUGAUGGCAACUGUUAGAUGUUUUAUUGUUAAUAUGCAACUCUUUUGGUCUGUGUACCUGUAAGCUGGCAUCAGGUUUUUUAUUUCCUAUUAUCCUUUAAUUUUGUAAUGCCAGAUACUUGACUGGAAGAUAUAAGGGGGGUUAAAUGUAUGUCCACCUCUCUUUGUGUUUGAUCUGUUCUUAAACUUGCUCUCAUUUUAAUUGAAGGGUUGAUAUUGUUUAAAGGACACCUAUUUUGGCCUUUAGUCUCAGGUGUGUCCAGAAUGUGUCAAAUGUUCAAAAUAUCCAAAAGAUAAUUUAUUAUAGCAUGUCCAAAAUGCCCCUAUUUUGGUGGAAAUUUAUUGUCUGUACCUUCAAAUGCAAAUGAGCUACAGGUCCUCACUCCCAUACAAACAGACAGUGAACGCUUUCAGUUCAAAUAGAUCUCAGCCAAUAGUAUCUAGUAGACAGAGUACAACUCACUGAGGGUGGACACUAUGCAGGACUGUAAGUGGGCGGGGCUUUAUCAGUGUGACCUCACAUUGAUAAGAGAAUCAAAACGGCAUGUCUAAUGUUUAAUGGAGAUUAAAAAACAAGGUGUGGGUGGAUU